GCAUGGCUGUGGUGAAUGCAUGGCUAUUGUACCAACGUGCCCAUUCACAAAAAAACAGCUCAUUACAAACACUUAGAUUGGCAGAGUUCAAAGCUGAAAUCGCAGAAGUAGGUUUAUGCAAAGCAGAAAAAGGGGCAAGCAAAAAGAGAACUGCAGGUCGGCCAAGCUUGGAGAGUCAAAUAAAGAAGGCACGACAUCGGCAGUCUUUGCCCAUUGCCGAUGUUCGCACAGAUGACACGAGCCAUUGGCCAAUUUGGGCUAUAGAAAGAUUACGCUGCCGACUACCUGGUUGCAAUGGGCAAUCACGGGUUCGCUGUGAAAAAUGUCAAAUCAGUCUGUGCUAUACAAAGGUGAAAAACUGUUUUAAACGUUUUUACACUGAGUAACAAAACAACAAUUUCAAAAUGAUUUUACUUUCAAACUAUUUUUAUUGACUUCUUUAUGUUGUACAAAACCAUUUCAAAAUUUAAAAAAAAAAUUUUUUUUUUAAUCAUUUAUGUAUUGCAUGCAGAUGCCGAUUGGCAUCUAAUAUAUUUUGA